AUGGUUAGUGAUCAGCUGGAGCAGGAAGACAAGAAGCUGAUGAGGAAGGGGCUAUGGUCACCUGACGAGGACGAGAGGCUUUAUAGCCACAUCACACACUACGGCGUUGGAACCUGGUCCUCCGUCGCCGAACUAGCAGGGCUGAAGAGGAGCGGGAAGAGCUGCAGACUGAGAUGGAUGAACUAUCUGCAGCCAGACCUCAGCAGGGAGCCCAUCUCCAAGCAGGAAGAGGACCUCAUCGUAUCCUUGCAGAAACUCCUAGGAAACAGGUGGUCUGCGAUUGCAGCAAGGAUGCCUGGAAGGACAGAUAAUGAGAUCAAGAACUACUGGAACUCACGCAUCAAGAAGAAGCUCCAGCAGAGGAUGAACACCGGCGGCAACUACCAAUCACCGCUGGCAGUUCACCAAACAGCAGAGGAGAGAGACGCCGAUAUGAACACUGGUGGUAACCCGAAGGCGGAUUUGUAUGGACAAGCAGCUACGACAUCAGAGGUUCAAGUUCAUCAUAGCACCACAACGUCGUACAACAACUCUGCAGAUCACCCAAGUCUGCCUCAUCAGCUUCCACUUUUCACAGGCCAACCACUACUGGAUCCUAAUGCUGCUGCCAUUCAAAAUGGAGAGCACACAGCAGCACAGUCCUCCCUCGAUGUGUCAUUUUCCAAGAGUCAUGAGAGAAACUUUGUGGAAGAGUAUGUUGAAUUCCUCAUGUCUCUCUCGGAUGAUCUACAGGAAAUAUGA